AUGUCAAAGAAGCAAACAAAUGGUGGAUCCAAUUUUUUUUCUGCGUCCAAAGUAUCUCCAUUGACUGAAAGUCAACAACGAGCACCAUGUCGACUGGAUUGGGCUGAAUCAUAUUGGACAAGAUGGAUACAUAUACCAUUAUUUUUGUGGGUGGCACCCAUACUCUCAUUGGCUAAUAAACGUAAUCUUAUUGAAAACGAUCUUAAUGAUCUUUCUAUCAACGAUAAAUGUUCAGUCGUAUUGAACAGAGUAAAUCAGUAUAAUUCUAAAUGGCCAGGUACAUGGCAUGUGUUCAGGGGCAUAUUUUAUAAAGACUUUCUAACGAGUAUAUGGCUCGUUUUUCCAUUCACAAUAGCCCGUAUAUCACAGCCAUUGUUUAUUCGUGAACUGACUCUUUACAUUAAAGAUCAAUCAGGAUUACCUGCUUAUUCUGGUUAUCUAUAUGCUAUUGGUCUUUGUAUUGCUGUAGUUCUACAAGCAACCUGUCAACAACAGAUUAUCUUUCGAAAUACACGCGCAGGAAUGCGAGUUCGCAAUGCAUUAUCAACUAUUAUUUAUCAGCACUUGUUAACUAUUAAUACUGCAGCUCUUCACAAGACUACUGCUGCUCAGACGAUUAAUUUAGUAUCAAAUGAUGCCAAUAAAUUUGCAGAAUUAAGCAUUUUUGUUCAUGCUUUAGUGAUGGUACCUCUGGAAGUUUUUGUAAUAUUUGGUCUCUUGUGGUGGAACAUCGGCCUACCGACUUUAUUCGGUUAUGCAGUGCUGAUUUCAGUAAUACCAAUACAGUUCAUUUUCAGUAGACAAUUUAGUAAAUACAGAAAAGCUACAAUGGCAUGUACGGAUAAGCGUGUGCAAACGGUCAAUGAACUUGUUAACGGAUGUCAAAUUAUUAAAAUGUACAAUUGGGAAAAAGCUAUGGAGCGACGAGUACGUGAAACACGUCGACUUGAGCUUUCAAACAUUCGUAAAGCGAGCAGUUUGAGAGCUCUUAACGUUGCUAUAUCCUUCGUAACAAUACCUUUGGUUUGUCUUGCUACAUUCGGAGGUAGUUGGCUCAUGGGACACACUUUAUUGCCAGAAAAUAUUUUCUCAACAUUAGCAUUCUUCACUACGGUCCGACUUCCAUUAACAAUCACGAUGCCAUACUUCAUUGAAAAAUUCAGUGAAGCUCGCAUAUCCGCAAGACGAAUCGAUCAAUUUAUGCAACUCGAUAUGUUGUUGAACAAACGUGAGAAAGUGAAAAACGAAAAUGAAGAUCAUGCAAUCAUAAUGGAAGAUGCAUCAUUUUCUUGGAAAGAUAGUCCGUCUUUAUUUUCACUCAGCCUCAAAAUCAAGAAGGGUAAUUUGGUUGGAGUGAAAGGUGCCAUUGGUUCUGGCAAGUCAACUUUACUAGCUGCUAUUCUCGGUGAAAUCAAUCUUGUCAGUGGAAAGCUACAACUGCAAACUAAUUCGAUUUCUUAUGCUCCACAAUCGGCCUGGAUAUUUGCUGAUACUAUUCGAGGCAAUAUUCUUCUUGGCAAACCAAUGGAUGAAGAACGUUAUAAGAACGUAAUAAAGGCAUGUUGUCUUGAUAUUGAUCUACAAAAUUUUGGUGAGGUCGGUGAUUUAUUGAUGAUUGGUGACAAAGGUGUUAAUUUGAGUGGAGGACAAAAGGCUCGAAUAUCGCUUGCUCGUGCACUUUACGCUGAUGCUGACUUAUAUUUACUUGAUGAUCCGCUUGCUGCUGUUGAUCCCAAGGUAGCAAAAAGCAUUUUUGAUCAAUCUAUCGGCCCACAAAGUUUCCUUCAUGGAAAGACUCGAAUAUUGGUGACGCAUCAGACACAUUUUUUAGUUGAAUCUGAUCAAAUGCUUCUUAUGACCAACGGUCAUAUAGAUGAAUUACAUAUUGAACAACAACCUGCAAUUGACCAAUUGAAUGAAACAUCGGAAACAGAUUCAUCUAAUGACAAGGAAACAGAUUCAUCUAAUGACAAGGAAACAGAUUUUGUACUGAACACUAGUAUAACAGAUAUUAACUCGAUUGUAAAAAGUGAGACAUCAAUUGAAGGUUCCAUCAAUUGGAAUGUUUGGUUAAAACUAUUUACUUCACCACCAUUACGUUGGUUUGGCUUUUUACUUAUGAUUAUUUUAAUGUUCGGUAAUGAAGCUUUGUAUGACUAUGCAAAUACGUGGCUCGCUGUGUGGUCUAGCAAAGAUGAAAGCGAACAACGAUCAUCAUUUUAUAUUUAUGUUUAUCUUGGAGUUAUAUUUUCUAUAUUGAUCGUUGCAUUAAUACGUGUCGGAUACGUCAUCUAUAUUAUGUUGUGUGGUUCGACCUAUUUUCAUAAUCGAAUGCUCAAGGGUAUUUUGUACACAUCGUUACGUUUUUUUGAAAAUAAUCCAAGUGGACGAAUAUUGAAUCGGGCAAGUAAAGAUCAACAAGUAAUCGAUGAAGCAUUACCUCUUGCUUUAAUUGAUACUAUGCAAUAUCUAUUAAUGACUCUUGGUUCUAUUGUAAUUAUUGGAAUAACGAAUCCAUGGGUGCUUCUCAUUCUUAUUCCUUUGGUUCCGACAAUUUUGUGGCUUCGUCUAUUUUACAUGCGUUCGAGUCGUCAACUCAAGCGGCUUGAAAGUGUAACACGUAGUCCUAUUUAUACAUUGUUUUCAACGUCAUUAGACGGACUUACUAGUAUUCGUGCGUUUGAUGUUCAAGGUGAUUUUUUGAAAAUGUUCACCGAAAGAAUUGAUGUAAAUUCACGAGCUUACUUCAUUCUUUCUGCCACUACGCAUUGGUUCGGCUUACGUCUUGAUCUUACGGCAUCGUUGCUCACAUUGGUUACUUCAAUUCUUGCAGUGGCGUUGCGUCAUCAAAUCGAUCCGUCGACAGCAGCACUUAGUAUAAGCUAUUGCAUUACCUUAACAGGUCUAUUUCAAUGGGCGAUACGGCAAUCAGCUGAAGCAGA